AUGGAAUCAGCGGUCACCCCCGCGGCCCCGGGCCCGGGGACCAACGGCGUCGGCACGACGACAUCCUUCGCCGCCAUCGACCCCGAGCGUGUCGUCGACCAUCUGGCUGUGCUUUUGGAGGCGACUCUGGGCGCGACUAGGGCGGAGCUCGAAGCACCCGGCAGCUUGCUGUCCAAGGCGCGUUAUUCCGAUACCUUACAGCGGUGCAACCGGUUUGCGGUGGAUACGCAGGUUGCGCUAUACAUUCAGAAGGAUUUGAGUGCGGCGGAGGGGUUGGAGAAUGGGGAUGUAGAGGAUGCUGCCCCGUCGCAUGUCUAUACGAUAUCUUCGGACCUCUCUUCGUCCACCGCAACCGUGGCUUUCCUUGUGCUUCUCAAGCGACCUCAACCGCUGGAUCCUAGCAUCCCGAUCACAUCGCAAAUUCAGAUGCUCAACCUCCCCGGCCCGGCGUACCUCUCUGCGAAUAAUGGUGAACAAGGCCCGACUGCUUCGCCCUACGAAAUCCUUCAGCUGUACCUCCACAAUGGUCUGGCACCGUACUUCGACGCGAGCACGAAGAGUCAGCAGAUGCUUAGUGGUGGACGAGGCCGGACUGAUGUGGAUGCGAAGACGGGCAUCCCCGUCACGAAGAAGAGGUGGACCGAGCUGGAACUGAGUCUGUCGCAUCUGCAACAAAACGUCGAGAUUCCCGAGGUUUCCCUGCCGUUUCACCCGAUCGUGCAGACCGCGCUGGACGAAGCCACGGCGAAGCAGACUAGGCCGACUCUCGACUUGAUCCCGGCCACUGUCUUGCAGGACAGCACUUUCUUGAACAAUUUGCAGGCCACUGUCAACAACUGGAUUAAAUCGAUUCAGGUCAUCACGAAGAUGACAAGGGACCCGAACACCGGUACUGCGACGCAGGAGAUCAACUUUUGGCUGUCUAUGGAAUCGGCACUGGAAGGGAUAGAGAAUCAGCUGCGGGGCGAGGGCGUCAUGCUGACUCUUGAGAUUUUGAAGCAUGCGAAACGUUUCCAAGCCACUGUUAGUUUCACGGCUGAUACUGGCCUAAAGGAGGCCAUGGAGAAGGUGCAAAAGUACAACCAACUUAUGCGCGACUUCCCCCUGGACGAGCUUCUCUCUGCCACCACCUUGCCCAAGGUGAAGGAGUCGAUUGGGCAGAUCUUUUCCCACUUGAACAAGAAGCUGAGGAUAUGCCCAUACCCUAUCCGCCGGGCGCUUCCGCUGGUAGAGACUAUCUCUGGCGAUCUCGAUGAGGUCCUCCAUCGGUUGCUACCAGGCACCGAACUCGUCAAGUUCGACUUUCAGGAUUUCCGCCGGGUCAUGAAGCAGACCGAAGAGAUCUUCAAGAUCUGGGACGAGAAUAUCAAGGAAUUCACCAACGUCGCGCGUGAGGUGACCCGACGCCGCAACGAGAGGUUCAUUCCGAUCAAGAUCACGCCAAGGCACGCCGAUCUGCAAGCGCGGUUGAAGUACGUCAGCAACUUCCGCGACAACCACGAGCAGUUGCAGCGGACCAUUGUCAAUGUUCUUGGGCCCAAGGCGACCGUGAAUGGCAUUGCGGACGGGCCCGGGACCAAUGGUACCGUCGUGGUGGAAGAAAUCGGCGAUGUCGAUGCCGUUGAGGAGGUCAGGCAGGCUUGGGAGGGCCUGAAAGAUGUCGAUCUUCUCGAUGUCACACCCGAAGGCACGCAAAAGUGGGUGCGCGCCGAGAACAUCUACAACGAAAGGACGUCUCGUGUCGAGAAUUCCAUUAUUGCGCGUCUCCGUGACCGACUAGCGACGGCGAAGAACGCCAAUGAGAUGUUCCGUGUCUUCUCUAAAUUCAACGCCCUAUUUGUGCGGCCCAAGAUUAGGGGUGCCAUUGCCGAGUACCAAACUCAGCUGAUCGACAACGUCAAGCAAGCCAUCACUGCGCUGCAUGAGCGGUUCAAGCAGCAGUACGGCCACUCUGAAGCCCAUGCUAUGGCCCAGCUGCACGAUCUGCCGCCUGUGUCGGGUGCCAUUAUCUGGGCGCGCCAGAUUGAGCGGCAGCUUGACGGCUACAUGAAGAAGGUCGAGGACGUUUUGGGAGCCGAGUGGACUAUCCAUGCGGAAGGCCAAAGACUGCAGAGCGAGAGCGAUUUGUUCCGCAAGAAACUCGACACACGUCCCAUUUUUGAAGCCUGGCUUCAUGACGUGCAAAGGAAGCAGAUUUCGAUCUCUGGCUUGCUUUUUAAUAUCAACCGCAUCCGGUCAGCUGGAAAUGUGCUUGAGCUCGCCGUCAACUUUGAUGCCCAGGUUAUUGCCCUGUUCAAAGAGACACGGAACUUGGUGUGGCUCAACUUCCCCGUCCCGCACUCUGUCAACAAUGUUUCAAAGGAAGCCAAGCGCGUGUACCCCUACGCUGUCAGUUUGAUGGAGAGUGUUCGGACAUUUGCGCAGACCAACCGGCAGAUCACCGACAUGUCCGAGGUUGCCGUCCUGUUAAGUGGACAUCGUGAUGAGGUCUACACCUUGAUCGCGAAGGGUAUCCCCCUAAGGUGGGAGUCCUUUGUGAAUACGUACGAGGUGCACUUCAAGAACUACGCCGGCAACGGGGGCCUCGACAAUUUCAAGGGCGGGGAGAGCAAGCACGUCAUGUUCAUCCGCGAGUUCGGCGCGGCCGUAUCGUUGCUCCAGUCCAAGACCAUCACGCUGGCUAACAUCCACGCCACCGUGCAGAAGGCGCUGACAGAGCUUGAGAAAUGCCCUUAUGAGCUGUCCGCUUUUGAGUCUCGUUUGGAGACCAUCCAGAGUGCGGUGGAUCAGCUCAACCUGGAGCAAUAUGUCAACCUCGGCCACUGGGUUGGACGCAUGAACCGCCAGAUCAAGGUCAUUCUGCUUGCCCGCCUGCAGCACUCGAUCCAGGCGUGGAUCGAGGCGUUUGAGGACGAGUAUCUCGAACGGAGUGACCGGAAGCAUUCGCUGGAGCCCGCGGAUGGGGCCAAGCCUGACGUUCCCGUGAUCAAGAAGCUCGUCCACGAAAUUACCAUGCGCAACCAGGUCAUCUACCUGGACCCGCCUCUUGAAUUUGCCAGGGCUAGCUGGUUUUCGCAGCUGCAGGAGUGGAUCGGUGUCGUGUGCAAUCUUAAGAAGAUCAAGGCGACCCGGUACCAAAUGUCCAUCAGCACGACCGUGUACGAAGAGGCGCGGUUCAACGACCUCCCCAGCGAGUGUACCUCAUCGCUCCUUCGGGUCCAGACGUCUGUCGAGAACAAGAUCAGCGAGAUCAGCACAUAUGUGGACAAAUGGCUCCAGUUCCAGUCGCUUUGGGACCUGCAGUCAGAGCAUGUUUACGAUGUCCUGGGCGAUCAGCUGUCCCGAUGGCUGCAGCUUCUUCAAGAACUCAGGAAGACACGCCAGACAUUUGACACGACCGAAGUCAGCCGCUCUUUUGGGCAUAUCACGAUCGACUACGACCAAGUGCAGACCAAGGUCAACGCCAAGUAUGAUCAGUGGCAGCACGACAUCCUCAUCAAGUUUGGCAGCCGUUUGGGCACGCGCAUGCGGGAAGUCCACGCCGAGAUCGAGAAGGCUCGCAGGGACAUGGAAGGCCAGGCGAUCGAAGCCAACUCGACUGCGCAGGCCGUCCAGUUCAUCACGAUCGUUCAAACGUGCAAACGCCAGCGGUAUCAGUUCCCCAACGACUGGCUGCAUGUUGAGCAUGUUGACGGCGCGUGGGACGCCCUCAACGAAGCGCUCGCUCGCAAGGCCAAGAUUGUCCAGGACCAGACGGACGCUCUUCGCGCCAAGAUUAUCGCUGAAGAUAAGGUCAUUCUCGAGAAGAUCAGCGAGAUUGCGCAGCUCUGGAACGACGAGAAGCCUGUUUCUGGUACCAUCGCGCCGGAUGUCGCUUCUGCUACUCUCAGCGACUUUGAGACCAAGAUUACCAAGCUGCAGGAGGAGUCCGCGAUGGUGGCCAAGGCGAAGGAGGCGCUUGAUCUGCAGGCGACACCAGAAACUUCACUUGGUGUCAUCUUGGAAGAGGUCCAGGAUUUCAAGUCUGUCUGGGCCUCGCUUUCGACCAUCUGGAACAAUCUCAACGAGCUCCGCGAGAUUCUCUGGAACAGCGUCCAGCCCAGGAAGAUCCGGUCGUCGAUUGACAACCUCAUCAAGAUGACCAAGGAGAUGCCCAGCAGAAUGCGCCAAUAUGCGGCCUUCGAACACGUCCAGAAUGUCCUUCGCCAGCUGAUGAAGGUGAACCCCAUGCUCACUGAGCUCAAGUCGGAAGCCGUGCGUGACAGGCACUGGACCAAGAUCUACAAGCAAAUCAAGCCCGGCAAGCGCUACUCGCCCGUGUCUAUGACCCUCGGAGAUGUGUGGGACCUCAACCUGGUUGCCACCGAGGUCAUCGUCAAGGACAUCAUCAUCCAGGCUCAGGGUGAAAUGGCUCUGGAAGAGUUCCUCAAGCAGGUGCGCGAGACCUGGACUGGGUAUGGGCUGGAGCUGGUCAACUACCAGAACAAGUGCCGCCUCAUCCGCGGCUGGGACGAUCUCUUUGCCAAGUGUAGUGAGAACCUGAACUCUCUGCAGGCCAUGAGGCAUUCGCCUUACUACAAGGAAUUCGAGGAAGAGGCGUCCUCCUGGGAGGACAAGCUCAACCGGGUCCACGUGCUGUUCGACGUCUGGAUUGACGUCCAGCGCCAAUGGGUCUACCUUGAAGGUGUGUUCACGGGCAACGCCGACAUCAAGCACCUGCUCCCCAUCGAGUCGUCGCGUUUCCAAAACAUCAACAGCGAGUUCUCGGCGGUCAUGAAGAAGGUCUACAAGCAGCCAAACGUGUUGGAUGUGCUGAACAUCCCCAAUGUGCAAAAGUCGUUGGAGCGCUUGGCCGAGCUGCUCAACAAGAUCCAGAAAGCGCUCGGCGAGUACCUCGAGAAGGAGCGUGUUUCGUUCCCGCGCUUCUACUUUGUCGGUGAUGAAGAUCUGCUCGAGAUGAUCGGUAACAGCAACGACACGAUGCGCAUUGCCAAGCACUUCAAGAAGAUGUUUGCCGGUCUGACGGGCUUGGUGAUGGAUGAGGAGUCGACCAUCACUGGGUUUACGUCCAAGGAGGGUGAAGUCGUCCGGUUGAAGAAGGAGGUUAACCUCGUCAAGACGCCGAGGAUCAAUGACUGGCUGGCGCUGCUUGAAAAUGGGAUGAAGUCCACGCUCGCCGAACUCCUGGCUGAAGCCAUUGACGAAUUUAACCCCAUCUUCGCCAGCGAGACGAUUGACCGCGAAGCGCUCAAUAAGUUCAUGGCCGCGUACCCCAGCCAGAUCGUGGUGUUGGCGACCCAGGCUGUCUGGACUACCUCGGUCGAACAGGCGCUGGCCGCCGAGGGCAAGACGCUGCAGGCCCUGUUUGACCGUGAGGUGCAGGUUCUCCGCAUGCUGGCCGACACGGUCCUUGGUGAUCUCGAAGUCCUCACGCGCAAGACUUGCGAACAGCUCAUCACCGAGUGUGUCCACCAGCGGGACGUCAUCGAGAAGCUCAUCAAGGUCGGCGCCCGCUCGAACACGCACUACCUUUGGCUCCUCCAGAUGCGCUACGUCUACACCCCCGACGGCGAUUUCCUGCAGCGCCUGCACAUCAAGAUGGCCAAUGCCAAGCUCAGCUACGGGUUCGAGUACCUGGGUGUGCCCGACAGGCUGGUCCGCACGCCGCUCACUGACCGUUGUUUCCUCACUCUCACCCAGGCCCUCUGCCAGCGCCUUGGUGGUUCCCCCUACGGCCCCGCCGGUACCGGCAAGACGGAAUCCGUCAAGGCGCUUGGUGUCCAGCUCGGUCGUUUCACCCUUGUCUUCUGCUGUGACGACACGUUCGACUUCCAGGCCAUGGGCCGCAUCUUCCUCGGUAUCUGCCAGGUGGGCGCGUGGGGUUGCUUCGACGAGUUCAACCGUCUCGAGGAGAGGAUUUUGUCUGCCGUGUCUCAACAGAUUCAGAACAUCCAGCUUGGUCUGAAGCAGGGGGCUGAGGAUGAUAAGGCGCAGAUUGAGCUUGUCGGCCGCCAGCUCCGUGUCAAUGCUAACACGGGCAUCUUCAUCACUAUGAACCCUGGGUAUGCGGGCCGUUCCAACUUGCCGGACAACCUGAAGAAACUAUUCCGCAGCGUCGCCAUGUCCAAGCCCGACAAGGAGCUUAUUGCCGAAGUUAUGCUCUACUCGCAGGGUUUCAACCAGGCGAAGCAGCUGUCCAAGCACACUGUGCCUUUCUUUGACCAGUGCUCCGCAAAACUAUCCAAACAGGCGCAUUACGACUUUGGUCUGCGUGCGCUCAAGAGUGUGCUGGUCAGCUCUGGUGGACUGAAGCGUGCCCGUUUGACAAACAGCGAUGGCAGCCUAGGUGCUGAGGAAGUCGUCGAGCCUGAGAUUUUGGUCCAGAGUAUCCGUGAGACCAUCGCGCCCAAGCUUAUCAAGUCUGACGUCGACGUCAUGAUGGGAAUUGAGGAGAUCUGCUUCCCGGGCGUCAAGUAUGUGCCGGCCAGCCUGGACAAGCUCGAGGAAGCGAUCCGUCGUUUGGCCGCUGAGCGUCACUUGGUGGUCAACGAGCUCUGGAUGACCAAGGUGCUUCAGCUGUAUCAGAUCCAGAAGAUCCACCACGGUGUCAUGAUGGUGGGCAAUUCCGGGUCCGGCAAGUCGGUGGCCUGGAGACUGCUGUUGGAUGCCCUGCAGCAGGUUGAGAAUGUCGAGGGCGUGUCGCACGUUAUCGACAGCAAGGUCAUGUCCAAGGAGGCGCUGUAUGGUAACUUGGAUUCGACCACGAGAGAGUGGACCGAUGGCUUGUUCACCAGCAUCCUGCGCAAGAUUGUCGACAACCUCCGUGGUGAGGACACGAAGCGCCACUGGAUUGUGUUUGACGGUGAUGUCGACCCGGAGUGGGUUGAGAACUUGAACAGUGUGCUCGACGACAACAAGCUGCUGACUCUGCCCAAUGGUGAGCGUCUUAACCUCCCGCCCAAUGUCCGCAUCAUGUUUGAGGUCGAGAACCUCAAGUACGCUACGCUCGCCACGGUCAGUCGUUGCGGUAUGGUUUGGUUCAGCGAGGACACGGUAACGCCCGAGAUGAUGGUCACCAACUACCUCGAGACGCUGCGCUCUGUUGCGUUUGAGGAUCUCGACGAGGAUGCCGUGGCCACGGGCCAGAGCUCGGCCAAGGCGCUGGAGGUCCAGGGCCAAGCUGCGGAUCUCUUACACGCCUAUCUCACGACCGACAAUUUCAUGAUCCUGGCCCUGCAGCAGGCGGAAACGUUCAACCAUAUCAUGGACUUUACCGUUGCCCGUGUUCUCAACACCCUUUUCUCAUUGCUUAACAAGGCUGUCCGUAAUAUCAUCGAGUACAACACGCAACACACCGACUUCCCACUGGAUCCCGAGCAGGUGGAGGGUUACAUUGCGAAGAAGCUGCUGUUGGCGAUGGUGUGGGCUCUGACGGGUGAUUGCCCGCUGACGGACCGCAAGCUGUUUGGCGACAAGGUGGCUGGUCUGGCUAGCUUUGGUUCGCCCCCGUUGGACGGGUCCAGCUCGCUCAUCGACUUCGACGUUUCGUUGCCUGGUGGUGAAUGGUCACCUUGGCAGAGCCAAGUGCCGACGAUUGAGGUCAACACCCACUCGGUUACCCAGACCGAUGUGGUCAUCCCCACGCUGGACACGGUUCGCCACGAAGAUGUGCUGUACUCGUGGCUGGCCGAGCACAAGCCGCUGCUCCUCUGCGGUCCUCCCGGUUCCGGUAAGACGAUGACGCUGUUCAGCGCGCUGCGCAAGCUGCCCAACAUGGAGGUCGUCGGCCUCAACUUCUCCAGUGCCACGACGCCUGACCUCCUCAUCAAGACGUUUGAGCAGUACUGCGAGUACAAGAAGACGCUCAACGGCGUCAUGCUUUCGCCGACGCAGAUCGGCCGCUGGCUAGUCAUCUUCUGCGACGAAAUCAACCUGCCCGCGCCGGACAAGUACGGCACGCAACGCGCCAUCUCUUUCCUGCGCCAGCUGGUCGAGCACAACGGCUUCUGGCGGACGUCGGACAAGUCGUGGGUCACUCUCGACCGGAUCCAGUUUGUCGGCGCCUGCAACCCGCCGACGGAUGCCGGCCGUACCCCCAUGGGCGACCGGUUCCUCCGCCAUGCGCCCCUCAUCAUGGUCGACUACCCCGGCGAGCAGUCGCUCAUGCAGAUCUACGGCACCUUCAACUCGGCUGUGCUCAAGAUCAUCCCGUCGCUGCGCGGCUACGCCGAACCGCUCACCCAGGCCAUGGUCCGCUUCUACCUCGAGUCGCAGCAGCGCUUCACGCCCAAAAUCCAGCCGCACUACGUCUACAGUCCUCGUGAGCUGACCCGCUGGGUCCGCGGUGUGUACGAGGCCAUCAAGCCCCUCGAGGCGCUCUCCGUCGAGGGUCUCAUCCGCAUCUGGGCCCACGAAGCGCUCCGGUUGUUCCAGGACCGUCUUGUUGCGGAGGACGAGCGCAAGUGGACCGACGACGCCGUCCACCGCAUCGCGAUGGAGUUCUUCCCGACCAUUGACGAGCCCAAGGCGCUAGGCGGGCCGAUCCUCUUCUCCAACUGGCUGUCCAAGAACUACAUGCCCGUCGACCGCGAGCAGCUGCGCGAGUUUGUCAAGGCGCGUCUCAAGACCUUUUGCGAGGAAGAAGUCGAUGUGCCGCUUAUUCUGUUCAAUGACGUGCUGGAGCAUGUCCUGCGCAUCGACCGUGUCUUUAGGCAGCCGCAGGGUCACUUGAUCCUGAUCGGUGUGAGCGGUAGUGGCAAGACGACGCUCUCGCGGUUUGUGGCUUGGAUGAAUGGGCUCAAGGUGUUCCAGAUCAAGGUCCACGGCAAGUACUCAGCCGAGGACUUUGAUGAGGAUCUAAGGGAGGUGCUUCGCCGCUGUGGUUGCAAGGGCGAGAAGAUGUGCUUCAUCAUGGACGAGUCGAACGUGCUGGACUCUGGGUUCUUGGAACGCAUGAACACCCUGCUCGCCAACGCCGAGGUGCCUGGUCUCUUUGAAGGGGACGAUCUCGCUGCGCUCAUGACGGCUUGCAAGGAGGGUGCGCAGCGACAGGGUCUGCUGUUGGACUCGCAAGAGGAACUGUACAAGUGGUUCACGAGCCAGAUUGUCAAGAACUUGCACGUUGUGUUCACGAUGAACCCGCCUGAGGAUGGGUUGUCGUCUAAGGCGGCCACCUCGCCUGCGCUGUUCAACCGUUGUGUGCUGAACUGGUUCGGCGACUGGUCUGAUCAGGCGCUCUUCCAGGUCGGUCACGAGCUGACGUAUUCUGUUGAUCUGGACCGCGCGAACUGGGGCGCGCCCGAUACUAUCCCCGUGGCGUAUCGCGGUCUCAACCUGCCGCCGUCUCACCGGGAGGCUGUUGUCAACUCGAUGGUGUACAUCCACUACUCCUUGCAGCGCUUCAAUGCCAAGUUGCUCAAGCAGCAGGGCAAGGUCACUUUCCUUACGCCUCGGCACUUCCUGGACUUUGUUGCGCAGUAUGUUACGCUGUACAAUGAGAAGCGCGAGGAUCUGGAGGAGCAGCAACGCCAUCUCAAUGUCGGUCUCGAGAAGCUGCGCGACACGGUCGACAAGGUCCGGGACCUCCGUGUCAGUCUCGCCGAGAAAAAGGCACAGCUCGAGCAGAAGGAUGCCGAGGCCAACGAGAAGCUGCAGCGCAUGGUGGCUGACCAGCGCGAGGCUGAACAGCGCAAGAAUACCUCGCUCGAGAUCCAGGCUGCGCUCGAGAAGCAGGAAACCGAGGUGGCGUCGCGCAAGAAGGUCGUGCUCGAAGACCUCGCGCGUGCCGAGCCCGCCGUCGAGGAUGCCAAGGCAUCCGUUAGCAACAUCAAGCGCCAACAACUCACCGAAGUCCGGUCCAUGAACACCCCGCCGCCGGGCGUGCGACUGGCGCUGGAAUCGGUCUGCACGCUCAUCGGCCACAAAGUCAGCGAGUGGAAGCAGAUCCAGGCCGUAGUCCGUGGCGACGACUUCAUCGGCAGCAUCAUCAAGUUUAACAACGAGAAGCAGAUGACGCGGUCGCUGCGGCUCAAGAUGCGCAAUGAGUUCCUCGCGAACCCGGAGUUCACCUACGAGAAGGUCAACCGCGCUAGCAAGGCCUGCGGUCCCCUCGUCCAGUGGGUCGAGGCGCAGGUCAGCUAUGCCGAGAUCUUGGACCGCGUGGGUCCGCUGAGGGAAGAGGUGAACUUGCUGGAGGAGCAGGCGCUGCAGACCAAGGCCGAGGCCAAGGCUGUGGAGCAGACCAUCACGAGUUUGGAGACCAGCAUCGCGACCUACAAGACGGAGUACGCGUCGCUCAUCAGCGAGACGCAGGCUAUCAAGGCCGAGAUGUCGCGCGUCCAGUUCAAGGUGGACCGCAGCGUCAAGCUGUUGGACAGCCUGUCGUCGGAGCGGACCCGCUGGGAGGAGGGUAGCAAGUCGUUUGAGACACAGAUCAGCACCCUCGUGGGCGAUGUGCUGGUGGCCGCCGCGUUCCUCGCCUACAGCGGUCUGUAUGAUCAGACGUUCCGCAAGUCGAUGAUGGAGGACUGGUUGCAUCAGCUGCAUCUGUCGGGUAUCCAGUUCAAGCAGCAUAACCCGAUGACUGAGUACCUCUCGACGGCGGAUGAGAGGCUGGGCUGGCAGGAGAAUACGCUGCCUGUUGAUGAUCUCUGCACGGAGAACGCCAUUGUGCUCAAGCGGUUCAACCGGUACCCGCUCAUUAUCGACCCUUCGGGCCGUGUUACUGAGUUCUUGCAGAAGGAGUGCAAGGACCGUCGUCUCACAGUGACUAGUUUCUUGGAUGAUUCGUUUACCAAGCAGCUGGAGAGUUCGCUGCGUUUCGGUAACCCCAUCCUUAUCCAGGACGCGGAACAUCUCGACCCUGUGCUUAACCAUGUGCUCAACAAGGAGUACCAGAAGACGGGCGGUCGUGUGUUGAUCCAGCUCGGCAAGCAGCAGAUCGACUUUUCGCCGUCGUUUAAGUUGUACCUUUCCACGCGCGACCCUUCGGCCACGUUUGCGCCUGAUAUCUGCAGUCGUACCACUUUUGUCAACUUUACCGUCACGCAGAGCAGCUUGCAGACCCAGUCGCUGGCUGAAGUGCUCAAGUCGGAGCGUCCGGAUGUUGAUGAGCGGCGGUCCAAUCUCAUCAAGCUGCAGGGCGAGUUCAAGGUGCAUUUGCGGCAGCUGGAGAAGCGGCUCUUGCAAGCGCUCAACGAGUCGCGGGGUAAUAUUCUUGAUGAUGACAAUGUCAUCGAGACGCUCGAGACGCUCAAGACGGAGGCGGCCGAGAUCUCGACCAAGAUGAGCAACACCGAAGGCGUCAUGGCCGAAGUCGAGGAGAUCACGCUGCAGUAUAAUGUCAUUGCGCGCUCGUGCAGUGCCGUUUUCGCCGUGCUCGAGCAGCUGCACUACCUCAACCACUUCUACCAGUUCUCGCUGCAGUACUUCCUCGACAUCUUCCACUCCGUGCUGCACGGCAACCCCCACCUGGCCAACGAGACCAACCACAAUGUGCGUCGCGACAUUAUUGUCAAGGACCUGUUCGUCAACGCCUUCAAGCGGACCGCGCUGGGCCUGCUGCAAAAGGACCGCGUGACGCUGGCCAUGCUGCUUGCUCAGGCGUCGCCGUACAAGAUGGACAAGGGCCUGCUAGAUAUCAUCCUCGACGAGCGCGUCGAGGGCAAGGAUGUAUCAAGCGACGUGGCGGCCAAGGAUGAGGUGUUUGCGCGCGCGCAGCGGAUCUCGGCGCUCAAGGAGAGACUCGAGACCGUGCCCGACGCCGACUGGGACAAGUUCCUCACCGAGGAACUAGCCGAGAACUUUGUCCCCAAGAUCUGGGACGACUCCACCGAGCCCACCGACCAGGCGCUCACCUCGCUCCUGCUGGUCAAGCUCUUCCGCCUCGACCGCUUCGUCCCUGCUGCCGAGCGCUUCGUCACGCUGGUGUUUGGCUCCGACCUCUUCGACAUCGUCGAGGACCUCAAACAGACGGUCGACCAGGUCUCGGCCACCCGGCCGAUUUCCUUAGUCUCCUCUCCCGGGUUCGACGCCUCGUACAAGGUCGACUCGCUCGUCGAGCGCAUGCGUGUGCGCUGCACCAACAUCGCCAUGGGUUCCAACGAAGGGCUCGCCAGCGCCGACAAGGCCAUCGCCAACGCCGCGCAGAUGGGUUCGUGGGUACUGGUCAAGAAUGUCCACCUCGCGCCAACCUGGCUGCAGAGCCUGGAGAAACGGAUGGAGUCGCUCAAUCCGAAUAAGGACUUCCGGCUGUUCUUGUCGAUGGAGUCGUCGCCCAAGAUUCCGGUGAAUCUGCUAAGGGCGAGUCGCGUGUUGAUGUAUGAGCAGCCGGCGGGUGUGAGGGCUAAUAUGAAGGACUCGAUGUCGUCGUUGUCGACAAGGUCGGCGAAGAGUCCUGUGGAGAGGACACGGUUGUAUUUGUUGUUGUCGUUUUUGCAUGCGGUCGUGCAGGAACGGUUGCGGUAUGCCCCGAAUUUGGGGUGGAAGGGGUUUUGGGAGUUUAAUGAUGCUGAUUACGAAUGCUCCGCCUUCGUAGUCGACACCUGGAUCGACGUCGCAGCCCAAAACCGCACCAACAUCGCCCCCGCCAACAUCCCCUGGGACAUGAUCCGCUACCUGGUAACCGAAACCUACGGCGGCAAGAUCGACGACGAAGGCGACUUCAAGAUCCUCAACAACCUCGUCCAGACCUUCUUGACCCCCGCGGCUUACGAGAUCGGCCACAAGCUCGUUGAGGCCCCACCGGACACCCAGGAGGUUGCUGCUGAAGCGGCGGAAUUGGUCGUGCCAUCGGGCACGUCGCUACAGGAGUUUAUGGGGUGGAUUCAGAGGCUGCCGGAGAGGGAACCGCCGACGUAUUUGGGGUUGCCGGCGAAUGCGGAGAAGUUGUUGUUGGUGGGACUGGGGAGGAGUUUGAUUGGGAAUUUGAAGAAGGUUACGGAUUUGUUGGAUGAGGGGGAGGCGUUGGUUACUGAGGUGGAGGGUUGA